UUUAUGUGAGUGAGAAAACAAGAGAGAUGGGAAAACAAUUACAGAGAAGUCAUCGCUUGGUCCUCGUCCCUUGUCCAUAUGAAGGUCACUUGAAUCCAAUGCUUCAACUUGGCACAGUUCUUCACUUCAAAGGUUUCUCUAUAACAGUUGCUCACACCAUUUACAACUCUCCAAAUCCUCACAACCUCCCUGAUUUCAGCUUCCUUCCCAUGCCAGACGGCUUAUCAGACCGUGGUGUAACGUCUAUGGAUGUAGUAGGUGAUGUUCUGGCGGUUAAUGAGAAUUGCAGAGAGAUCUUCCAACGAUCCUUGGAAAAACUUAAAGAGACACAAGGUGAGAUAAUCAGUUGCAUAAUUUCAGAUGAACUCAUGUUCUUCGCAGAAGAUGUGGCCAACAAUCUGAAGAUUCCGAGCAUCAUCUUGCGCACUACUAACGCUGCUACUUCCUUUGCUCGCUCUGGCCUUGUUAAACUCAAGGAAAAAGGUCUUCUCUCCCAGGAUACUCUCUCAAACGAGCUUGUACCAGAGCUAUAUCCGCUGAGGUUCAAGGAUCUGCUCUUUUCCUUGUCAGAAACACUCGAAAACUUUUCAGCAAUAGUCACUAAGAUAUACGGCAAACGGGCGUCUUCAGCCAUAAUAUGGAACACCGUGAGUUGCCUUGAACAAGCAACUCUAGAGCAAAUCCAACAACAAUGUAAAGUUCCAAUCUUCCCUGUAGGUCCCAUUCACAUGAUAGCGGCGUCGAAUUCUAGUAGCCUAAUCGAAGAGGACAGAAGCUGCUUAUCGUGGCUUGACAAGCAACCGCAUAACUCCGUUAUUUAUGUGAGCAACUUGGGAAGCUUAGCGUCUGUCAAUGAGAAGGAAGUAACUGAAAUCGCGUGGGGACUAGCCAACAGCAACCAGCCCUUCUUGUGGGUGAUUAGACCCGGUUCGGUUCACAGUUCGGAUUGGAUUGAGCUGUUGCCGAAAGGUUUCCAAGACGAUGUUGGGGAUAAGGGAUGCAUUGUGAGAUGGGCACCCCAAAGGGAAGUCUUGGCUCAUCCUGCUGUGGGAGGGUUUUGGAGCCAUUGCGGUUGGAAUUCGACUCUUGAGAGUUUAGCCGCCGGAGUUCCAAUAAUAUGUAAACCAUGUUUUGGUGAUCAAAAAGUGAAUGCAAGGUAUGUGAGCCAUGUGUGGAGAAUUGGAUUGGAAUUGGAGGAGUUGAAGAGAAGGGACAUAGAGAGUGCUAUAAGAAGACUGAUUUUGCAUGAGGAUGGGAAGGAAAUGAGAGCCAGAGCAAAGGAACUGAAGGAGAAAUUUGAGGUUUGUACGAGGAAAGGUGGUUCUUCCUGUGAUUCCUUGAACGAGCUUGUCAACUUCAUCAUGUCAUUUGGUACAAGGACGCAUUUGGUUUCUUGACAAAAGAGAAAAGAAAAUUUAUUGAUAAAAUGGAUUUAGUUUU